AAUAUAUUUCAGGGAAGGUUUUUUUCACUACCUGUUCCGAUUUGAAUAUGCUGAAAAACUUAAAAUCUGCUGAAAGAUUAUUUUUGCUGAUUAAAAAGCAGUUUCCAUUUACUGCAUCUUCGCUACGUAAAGGAAAAAUACUUAAGGAAGUGCAGCAACUUGUAAACGGGGAUCCUGGAAGUUGGGUGGAUGCCAUCUCAGCUUGGAGAAAUCUGCUUGAACUUGAUGUAAAUGGGGAAGAGCUCCCUCCGAGGGCUGCUAACCCACUGAAAAGAACAGUGGGAAAGCACGAAAGCAUCAUUGCUAAGAAGUUAAAAAUGGAAGAAAUGCAGAAGAUUGAAGACAGCCACAGGGAAGGCCAGGGAGAGGCACAAGCGGAAGGAGACACAAUGGAGAAAAGAGAUUCUACCACUGGGAGAGUGAAACUUGAAGAAGAAGAUGCUCGACCGGAGGCAGAGAAGGCAGCUGAUCGCCAUAGCCAGAAGGACCUGACCUUCAGGGUUUCUUGUCGCUGCAGCGGGACCCUCGGAAAGGUCUUUACUGCACAGGAAGUGGGACGAGUCAUUGGAAUAGCCCUUAUGAAGCAAUUUGGGUGGAGAGCAGAUUUGAGGAAUCCAGAUUUAGAGGUCUUUGUACAUCUAAAUGACGCCUACACUGUAGCAGGGAUUCCUAUGUUGAGGGUCCCUUUAGCAAGCAGAAGUUACAUUAGAACAGCUGGACUGCGGUCUACCAUAGCAUGGGCAAUGGCAUCUCUUGCUGAAAUUAAGGUUGGUGCAUUUGUUUUAGAUCCAAUGUGUGGACUUGGAACAAUACUUUUGGAAGCUGCUAAAGAAUGGCCAGCUGGGUACUACGUGGGCGCUGACGUGAGCAGCUCGCAGCUGCUCGGCGCGGGCGACAACCUGAAAGCCGCAGGCCUCCACGGUACAGUUGAGUUGCUUCAAGUCUCUGUCACCGAAUUGCCACUGCCUUCAGAAAGUGUUGAUAUUAUUAUUUCUGACAUUCCAUUUGGGAAAAAGUUUAAACUAGAAAAAGACAUCAAAACCAUUGUACAAGAAAUGGCAAGGGUGCUGCGUGUUGGUGGAACCGCUGUGUUAUUGCUGAGCGAAGAUCAUCACAGGCUCCUUACCGGUCAUGGAGGGAGCCCCGUGCCUUCAGAUUCUAAAGGCAGCCACACCGAUGACCCUGGAGUUAAGAAGCAUGCAAGUCCCGAUGGCAGAACUGGCACGUCAGAGGAAACGCCGUCCUCGUGUCACGCUGGCAGCCAGGGGCCUUCAGACAGCAUGUUGCCGUUUGGCUCUUUGGUGCCAGCAGAGUGCUGCGAAGUUAGCCUUGGAAAAACAAACGCGUUCAUUUGUAAAUACAGGAAAUCAUCACCUUCUGGACUGUAGUGGCCCUGCUGCCCUACGUCGGGUGCGAGUCCUCGGAAGCCAGCUUUGCAGGAACCCUUUGGUCUGCAGGAUUAACUAUGGCACCAGAGCCGGAAGGCGUCACUCUCCUCGAGACAAGACCUGGCUGACCGCCGCGCCUGCUGUUCAGUACUGUACACACAAAGUGCGCAGUGCUCGCCAGAACGGUUGGGGAGUGCUCUGAAAGGACCCUGAAGCGCUGUCAGGUCGCACACAGAGCCGCCCCAUCAUGCACUGGAUCUAAGCAGAAGCUCCAGCCUCCAAGCAAGCGUGUCCAGGGUUUGCGGGAAGGUGUGAUAGGUGUUUUACCUGUCAUACUUUUAGAAAUGUGGAAACUUUUAUCCAUAACUUCUUCUGAUACUAAACUUGAUUUUAUCAACCUGUAAUUUUUU